ACUCGCAGUGGCCCACCAGGUGCCUUUGGGAGCUCACCAACUGAGGGAUGAACAAGAAAAGAAACCAACUGAGGGAUGAACAAAGAAGUCACUAAGCAGUCCCAUCAGAAUAUUCCGGAAGAUGCCUCCUUACCUUCUGGACAGCGUCUGCUCCGUCGUCGAGGUCUUCUACGAGUAUGCCGAGAGGGACGGAGACUGCUUCACCCUGAACAGGAGAGAGUUGAAGAAACUGAUCCAGAAAGAGUUCUCAGAGGUUUUACAGGAUCCUCGUGACCCUCGUGCUGUUGAGCUGGUUUUGCAGCUGCUAGACCUCAACGGGGACUGCUUGGUUGACUUUAAUGAGUUCCUGAUUCUUGUAUUCCAAGUGGCAAUGGCAUGCUACAGUUUCCUGCAGCCCAGUGACUGUCGGGAGGAAGAAACCAGAGGAUCCCGGUGUGACAGGGACCCACGAAGGGAUGAAAGCAUCCGCCACCAGCCUGAGGAUAGUGGAGAAGAAAGAACUUGUGGCCAUGAGAGACAAGGUUCUUACCAGACACGUCCCGGUCCAGCUGAUUCUUCCACAAGACGAGAGGAAAGAAGAGAGUACCGCACUCCCGUUCAUCCUGUAGGCCGAAUCAUUGAGAGAAGUCGCCAGGCCCACAACCUUGGAUCAAAGGAUGAUCGAGGAAGGAUCUAUUUGUCACGUGAGGCUCAGAAAUGGAAAGAUCGGGCCCAUGAACCUGAACCUCAAAGAAAUGAAGCAAGCUGCGGGAAGAAGACAGAGGUCAAUAUUUCCAAGAACCCACACAAAGAGAGGGACGUGAUAGGCAACAUCGGCCACAAGUGUCUCAGCAGCAAGCCGGUGAGGACAACAUGGGAAGAUCCCGUGAGUUUGAACCACGAGCAUAUGAAGAGAGAAGCUACCGCACACGAACACAAAGGGUAG